AUGGCUGUAAUAGCAAUGCCAAGAGUACCUCAGGCAGAGAUGUGCUUGCUCGUAUGGCAGCGUGCUCAGUCUAGACUGGGUGUGAGAGAUUGUGAUUGCUCCAAGAGUGAUGUGUGCUGUUAUCAUCCGGAAGGUGAUGGCAUUAUACAGGCAUGCAGGACUGACCUUUGUCAUCAAUCAGAUAAUGCUGAUGAGGCCAUUGAACAAAUCGAUGAAGAUAUAGCUGUGACUCAGAGUCAGAUGAACUUUAUUUGUCCCAUUACACAGAUGGAAAUGAAGAGGCCCGUUCGAAACAAAGUCUGUGGACAUAUUUAUGAAGAAGACGCCAUUCUAAAAAUUAUCCAGACUCGAAAGCAGCAAAAGAAAAAAGUCCGAUGCCCUAAAAUUGGCUGUAGCCAUGCUGAUGUAAAAGGAUCAGAUCUUGUGCCAGAUGAAGCACUUAAAAGAGCAAUUGACAGUCAUAAUAAACAAGUCUGGCCAACACUGGAGAAGUCAGCUGGAUACGCUGCUGCCACAGAGAAAAUUUGUUGUUAGAGGUCUUGUGAGAUAAGCUGCUGAUUGUAAGCAGGUUGUGUAACUGAUUGUUAUUUAAAGUGUUUCACUUAUAGACAAAGUUGAAGGUCUCGGCUGUAACUCAAAGCAUUUUUUAAACUGACAAACAUGAGGAAUUCCAGUUUAACUUGUUCAGUUUUUUUAACUUUCCUGAAAUUCUAAAAGCUUGCAUUUUAUAAAUAAAACAUGUUUUGCAGC